UUUUACCACAAUGGCGACUGCCGCUGCCAGCUGCUGGAGCGACCGUUUUAAUCCUUCCAAAGUGUUAUUUAGGGGCUUUAACAUAAGCGACAGAAUGUAUUUUAAACUGUACAGCAUGUAUAUUCUUCUGUUUUUGCACAUGGGCAGUUGUUUUUCUGACGACGACCAUGAGAUGGAGGAAUUUUUAAAGCGAGAGUUUUCCCUUUCCAAGCCUUACCAAGGUGUGGGAUCUUUAGGCUCCUCCUACUGGGAGCUGAUGGGGGACGCCAUGGUAACCACUGAGCAGGUGCGGCUCACGCCUGACAUGCAAAGCAGACAGGGGGCCGUGUGGAGUCGCAUGCCUUGCCAACUUAAAGACUGGGAAAUGCAGGUGCACUUUAAAAUCCAUGGUCAGGGAAAGAAGAACCUGAAUGGGGAUGGCUUGGCUAUCUGGUACACCAAAGAAAGAAUGCAGAAAGGCCCUGUAUUUGGAAACAUGGACAACUUUACUGGCCUGGGUGUGUUUGUUGAUACAUAUCCUAAUGAGGAAAAAUACUUAGAGGCUCAGAAAAAAAGAUACACACCUCGCACUGAGAGGAUUUUCCCACUUGUUUUGGCCAUGGUUGGUAACGGCACCAUCAGUUAUGACCAUGAAAGAGAUGGAAGGCCCACAGAGCUGGGUAGCUGCAACGCCAUGGUGCGCAACCUCAAACACGAUACUUUUGUCUUCAUUCGAUAUGUCAGCCGUAGACUAACGGUGAUGAUAGACAUCGAUGGACAGCAUGAGUGGAGGGACUGCUUAGACAUACCAGGGGUGCGUCUGCCAAAGGGUUACUACUUUGGAGCUUCAGCCUUGACUGGAGAUCUUACAGAUAAUCAUGACAUAAUUUCCAUGAAGCUGUAUCAAAUCACAGUGCUAAAUCAAAAAAAUCAGGAUGACAAUGAAGAGGAUGUAACUAUACCGAGUGUAGAUAACAUAGAACUUAUCAGAUGGAAAGGAAAUGAAGAGGGAAUGAGCAGCAUAGCCAUUUUUUUCACUGUGCUUUUCUCUAUGGUGGGUUCUAUUUUUCUAAUCGUUAUUGGAUUAGUGGUCUAUAGUCACUGGAAUGAGACCAGACGCAAGCGCUUCUAUUGACCCGUGAGAGACAGGUCUGUGGUCCUCUAGAACACUAACAAUGUUGUUAUCUGGUUAAUCUGGUUUAUGGUGCAAAAGACUCUUCUCCAGUAUGCUACUGGACUGCAGACCGCCUGACGCACACCAGCCCAGCCUUACCAUUCAGACUGCUAUUGCACAUGUGUGCAAGAUCUUUUACCUGAUGAUGUAUGAUUGAAAGAAUGCCAGCUUGGGUCCUACACAGAAUGAUGUUGAAGUGCUAGUAGUUGCAUGCUGUGAUUCAUUUUAACACACAAGAUUAAUAUAUAUAACAUGGCAUUUUGGGAUUUUAUUUAUUUUAAAUUAUUUAUUUAUUUAUAUUUAUUAUACAUUGCAGCACAACUGGUGACUGUUUCAGCAUCUUGUCUUAACCACAAUAUAAAAUACAUUUAUGAACUACUUA